GCGGAGUUGCGCCGGAUCGAGGAGGUCAUUGGCGAGAUUGUUUCCGAUAUGGAUUAUCUGAGGGCGAGAGAACAGAAGCUGAGGGAUACGAAUGAGAGCACGAAUGAGCGCGUCAAGUGGUUUGCUUUCUGCACAAUGGGCAUGCUGGUGGGCUUGGGUGUUUGGCAGAUUGUGUAUCUGCGGGCGUACUUCAGGAGCAAGCACCUUAUCUAGGCGGGAUGAGCGUGGAGGUUGACCGAGGAUGGAGUUUUCAAGAGCGGAUUGGAUACAGAGCUUCGAAGAUGGAGGCAUGUUUUGAUGUCGAGGGAUUAUCGAUGUACAAUGGGGCAGCCGAGUGCAGAACCGGCAGCUGGUCUGGCGUCACAGGGUUUCAGCAUCUUGCAUCAUGUUCAAGGGCCUACACUGAAUCGCUUAGUGGUGUCAAGAUGCCUAUUCAAGCAGGGAAUUUUUUGACCCAUAAAUUCGACGCCGCUGGUGUCCUCAACCUAGCGUCUCUCUUCGAUCAGCGCUCGCUUGAUUCGGUAACAUUGAACUCGCGCCUUCUGGGAUGGGUCUCGACGAGGAAGGGGCGGCUUCGUAUCCAAGCACCAGACUUCAAGAACUCAUCUUUCACUCCCCCACUUUCUUACCCUUCGUCUCUCAAGACAUCCAAUUCCUAUCCGCGGGUCCUCUCCAGCAUUGCUAAUACUCGGACUACUUUUCCGCCAUUCUUCGCUGACCUCAAGGGCCGCGGCUUUCCUGCAACCAUUUCAUUUACGCCCUCUCACCUGGCUAUACCUGGGCACUCUUCCCAACACUUCCCCGCCACCACCGAAGGACCUGACCAUGCUGCGCCAGUGACACCAUCUCCACGAACUCUCAACCGAACAGAGACCCAUGUCCUGUUCGCGAGGAAUCCAAACUCAGACAUAGACCCCGGUGUACUUAAAUCCAUCAACGCUGCCCUCCCUACUUUCCGCUACUCCAGACCAACCACAACCUUGGAACCACAGAGAUCGAUCCCUAUACGCCCGCUAAAAGCCUUUCCAUUACCCUUUCCAUAGUUAGGGCAAAGUGGGGAAACGUUGCGCGAAACUCGUCCAGCGGCCAUCUGGACAUUUAUUGAUGAAAGAAUAACAAUAUUUUCCCUGGUACUUCCGCUCCGCU